AAGGGGCAGGCAGUCACUUGCUAUUCUUUCAGAGAGAUGGAGCAAGGAGUGUUGUUCGCCUUAUUCUAUGUCGCUUUCUUCUCUUUCCAUUCCACUUUUCUCGAUUCAUGUGGUCCUUGGGAAUCGGCCUUGGGGUUGUCGUCACGUCAACGUAUCGGGAGCGGGGAGAAACAAACUCAAUCAUCGUCGCGCGAAAUACACUAGUGUAUCAUCUCAUAACGCCCGAGAGACCAUCUUGAUACGUCCCUCUUCUAUGGUCUCAGAAAAGACAACAAAGUCAUCCUAAGAUCGGGUGUCGAACUUCCUGAACUUAAAAGUCUGUGGCAAACAGGGCAAAAAAAAAAAUAAAAAAAAAAAUUAAAAAAAAAA